ACUUCAAAUCGACCAAAUCAAAAACACAGAUCAGCUGGCCGGCAGGAAUUUGUUUAAUUUAUUUAAUUGCCUACUGGGUCACUUGCAUAAUAAUUCUACAAAAUGAUUCAAAGCCUAUUUUAAUGUUAGUUUUAUUUCCCACAGCGACUUUUACUUAAAUAUUUUUGCAAUCAUAAUUAAUUGUUCACAAAAAGCCAACGCGACGUAAAGGAAUUACGUGAAGGAAUGUUUUUCCUGUUUAAUGUUGUGCUCUUUCUAAGCAUUUUUUCAGAAUAUUAUUCCUUCACCGACCAUUCGCCUGGAAAGAAUGGACAAGAACUACUCUUAUGUCGCAAAUGUGGCACGGAUAUCGCAGAUUCAUCAUAUUUAAUAAGCAUAUUAAGUCCGGGUGCAAUAAAGGUAGAGGAGCAUAAUUUAUUCGGAAGGGAAAAUGUAACGGUACAAACUCUAGUAAACCCUUUUGGUGUGAAAUUUGAAAUCAUCACUAUUGAAAAAUCAAGAUGCAAAGUUCUUGGAUCUCCACAAGGUGCUGACUCCUGGUUUCCUGGAUAUACAUGGCGUUUAUGUGCUUGUUCUUGUGGGAAGCACCUGGGGUGGGUUUUCGAGUCUUCAGAUGAAAGUAAUGUCCACAAAGAGAAUCAAUCAUUUCAUGGAUUGAUAUUAAACAAUAUCCUUAGUGAGAAUUUUACUGAUUCUCUCAUAAUGUUGCCGAAUAUUUAUAAGAUGUGAUGCAUAUUAAAGUUAUUUAUUUGGA